CUCAACUACAGUAAAGUAGCAAACACCCCGCGUUGUUGGUUUAUCUUGCGCAGACCUCCCGCUUGGAGUGCUACUCACAAUGGACAUCAGCUCCGAGCUUGAUACACAGCGAAUGGAGAGUCCGUACGCGAACUAUCUCCCCGACGAACUUUUGUUACAAGUGCUGGACUUUUUGCCGCGGACGGAGGAAAGUCAGGGCACGUUGUGGAACUUUGUGCUGGUAUCGAGACAAUGGUACUCGGUCGGCAUAUCCCGCCUCUAUGCGUCCCCAUUCCUCGUCGGCCUCCGCUACACCCACUUCGUUCGCACUCUCUGCCCCUCGAUCAUCCCGCGCAUCAAGCGCUCCGAACUCGCCGGGCUCGUAAAGCACCUCGACCUCUCGCGCAUCGUGCACCAGGGCGCAAAAUCCACCACCGCACGCCUCCUCGGGCGCACUAAAAACAACCUCGAGCUCUUCGUCGCGCCGCAAGCCUCCUUCGCCAUAAAUUGCUGGGCCGCGCUGUCCAAGUGCGCGCGCCUCAAGGUCCUCGAUCUGGGCCUCGUCAGCGAGGCGAUAAGCUACCAGUCCCUGAACCAGACGCUUCGGCAGCUGGGCUCGCUGGAAGAGCUCUACAUGCCGCGGUGUUCCACGGAAUUCGGGUACGGUCCAGAGUUCCUGACGGUGCGGCUGCACUGGCCGCCCAACCUCCGCCACCUGAGCAUGUCCGGCAGUGUCAACGGCAAGUUCCUCUGGGAAAUGCUGCGCCAGCCCGAAACCUUCCCCGCGAGCCUGCACUCGAUGGCGCUGCUGCACUGCCCCGGCCUAGACCAGCCCGGCAUCAAGCCCCUCCUGUCCAACCUCGCGGACCGCCUCACCGCCGUCGAACUCCGCGACCUCCCCGCCGUAAAGCAGGGCCGCUUCAACAACAUCAUGGCCUGGCUGCCGCACCUGACCACCCUGACCAUCGCGCUCGACUACAUCGACGAGGACUUCGGCCGCCGCCCCGCAGACUUCACCGCCGAGUCGCACUGGCACCUCGCGCGCCCCCUUUCCAACCUCACCCUCCUGACCUGCGGCACCCAAACCGAUCCCCGCCGCGCAUUCACUCUCGUCGACCUGUGGGACCUCAUCGACACCCGCUUUCUGGGCCGUCUGCGCCGGCUCAGCGUCGCUGCGUCCUCGGGGUGGGAACGCGUGGACGAGGGUGCGCUGUGGGAGACUGUGCGGCUGGGGCUGGAGGCGCUGGACCAAGAGAACUGGGAGGCGCGGCGGUGGCACUAUGAGGGGUUGAAAGGGGUACCCGAGGGGAUGGCGUAUGAGGAGUGGCGGGGGACGCUGGCGGGGUGGCGGGAGAGGCCGCGGGCGGUGGUGUUGAGGAAUUUAUGACUAGAUGGGGAGGUGAGGAGUGAUGGGACGGUGGUGAUGGAGGGGUGAGGAGUGGGUGGUGUUGUGUGCAGACGUGGUGAUGAUGGACGAGGAGGAAGGGCUGGGAGAAAUCAAGACUGCAGACUGCGGUUGAAUUGCAGGGAUUUGAAGCACUUCACCACAUGUUGCUUCGCUGUGGCAUGCACUAGCAAUUGAACAAAGAGGUGCGAUUCACGAGUUACAAGGUCGGCCAACAGUUGCAAGGCAAAGACAUGAGAACCUAUUGCAACAGCUGCUCGUAUCGACAUCCUGCUUUAUGAGCACGUCGUGCGUCGCACACGGUGCGACCGCCGUCCGUUCAGAAGCAGUCCCUAGCAUAAUUAUAUACGUAUUACCCUCGUCCGU